UCAUCUCAUGCGUUCACCGUCUUCCAGCAUGCACGCUGUGAUCUACUUUCUGCCCGGCUCCCUCGAUGCUUAAUCACCGGGUUGCAUAGGACCUCGCUGUUAUUUUGGAGUGGUGCCUUUUUUUUUUUUUGCGUAAGUGGGGGAGAAAAAAAAAAAAAGAAAAAAAAAAUCAGCAGGCAGCACAGGUGGAAAGGAUCUUUUACGACGCUGCGGUAUAGAUGAUUGAACACUUGGAGCAUCCACUCAGCGCAAUCAGUCGCCGGCGCGUCCCCCUCGUCGGGAAUUGAGAUUCCGUGCACUUUUUGGGGGUCGACAACUAAAGGACAUCCUUUUUUCCUGACCGGCGUGGAGGAUGUAAUGUUUCUUUUGCGCACCGGUAAUCGGACUACCGCGGGAACAAAUCAACCUUUUCCCUCCCGCCUUCUUCAGCCAGACAUUUCUAUUCUUAAGAGGAAAUAACACGGAGAAAUGAGCUUCACAAGAGCCCCAUUUGGAUUGUGAGCUGUUUUCUUUUUUGUCCUCAAGUACCCCACCCCCCCUUCCCCGGUCUUUAUCCUCUGCGUGCUCUUUCAUGGCAUCGCUGACCCGUUCAGCCAGACGCAAAGACGCCAGUCGCUGGCCGAGGAUGUCAUCAACUUUCUGGGCUUUUGUGCUCCUCACCGCGCUCUUGCUUCUCUACUGCGGCCAGCUGGCGGCGGGGACAUGUGAAAUUGUGACGCUGGACAGGGACAGCAGCCAACCGCGGCGGACCAUCGCCAGGCAGACGGCCCGCUGUGCCUGCAAGAAGGGCCAGAUCGCGGGAACCACGAGAGCCAGACCCGCCUGCGUGGAUGCCGCCAUUGUGCGGAAAAAGCAGUGGUGCGAGAUGGUGCCGUGUUUGGACGACGAAGGCUGCGACCUGUUAGUCAAUAAAUCCGGCUGGACUUGUACGCAGCCCGGAGGCCGAGUCAAGACAACUACGGCUCUAUGACGCGACAGGACUCUCCCUCCACAUUGUUGCACUGAGGAGAGCAUUGACGACCCCCUUGACAGGCAGCCAGACACCACUCACCACCGCCACCUUAACGCCACUAUCACAAGUCCGCCCAUUCCCCGGAAGCUAACUAUCCUGCGCCGCGGCCCUCGCGGAGGCGGAAAGGUCUCGUAACACCACCAGAGCACCAGAACGGGAGUGUUUGCAGGAACACCCCCCCCCCCCCCCCCACGCCCCCGGCCCCCCGAGGACAUUGGGUAAAUGACUCGCAAAAAAACACUGUUCCCUGCGAGCUACUCCACGGGCUUUCUGACUUCUCCCACCCGGCGGGUGUCGUUGGGUCAACAAGGUCGUCUGCUCUCCACUUCUGCCUGCUCCGUCCAAUUAGCAGCUUUCGCCCUUCGCCGUGGAGGGUGGGACCCCUGCCAAAUGUCACGGGUGACUUGCGCCAAUCCUCCGAAUUGAAGACGAGAAUUCUCCGCAUUUCUUCACCUUUCUAGAACCUCAGCAGGGCGCAAGGAUCAUUUAGAGAAGUGAGCGCUCGCUGCUGUGAAUAGGCCUUCUGCUGGAGCAGACCUCCCAUAUUUUUAUAGACCAAAGAGCAAAAGAAACAAAUGUGCCAGGACUGAGGCAGUAGACCCUCGCCGGCUUGCGUGCCCACCAAGCGACCCGUGGACACCUCGUGGACUGGCACACACACACAGACACACACAGACACACACA